AACUGGUUUGAGGCAGAUCAGCUCAUGUAACAAUGCAGUCACAGCUACAUUGGGAUAACUCCUACAUGGCAUGCAGAGGAGAUUGCAGGAAGGUAUCAUCCCCAGUCAGUAUGAAUUGCACUAUAGACACACAGCACUGGUACGUGAUAAAAACACACGUGCAUAUGUGUGCAUAUUUUUGGGGGUAAAAAGGGUCGGAUUGGGGGGGGGUCGUGUCUGCUGCUUUUCUUUCCUUAAGCAAAGAACAGAUCUGAGAUUGAAAUGCCAUUUUGCAAUCAUUGCAUAGGCUAGGGCAGGAGAACAGAACAAGCGUCACAUCUUAAGAAGCAAAGGGGGUUACAUGGUCGAGGGGUUCUUCUCUGUUGCAUGAAGUGUAUUUCGGUGCAUGCCUUCUGUGUUCGUUUUUAUGUGCUGCUUGCAAAUGUUCCCAAGAAAAGAAGAAAAAAAAAAGAAUAAUGAUACAUUUUAUCUAGCGAGCAUCAAAGGUGAGAGCGCGUCAAACAGGCAUUUUCAUGAUCGGGAUACCUGCAAAGUAACAGUGUCCGCUUCGGGUUUAACCCCUUGCGCGCCGGACCAGGUACCGAAAGGUCAAAGUUCAAAAAAAGAUGCGAUUGUGGCAUUCUGAGCGCGCCUCUUAUGACAUUCAUGUUACGCGCUCAGGACCACAAUUUAAUCUUUUACGCUGGCGUGUGCAUCUUGUUUUGUAAGCUGGAGGCCUGAGAGAGAAGGGAGAGCGUGGCAGAAGAGGGACACGCAGGAGUACGAAGGCAGCUGUAGUGAAUGAGUCGAAAGGACGAACGAACGCAUAUAAAGCAGAGAGAAUGGACUGCUAAACAUUCCGUCUUGGAAAAAAAAAAAGGGACAAAUCUCCUGUUACUUCCUAAAACAGGAAACCCACAGCCCCUGCGAUCUCGCCCACUUCGAUUCUAAGAUCGGCUCCGGCCUUCAGCUGGCUUUGUGUGAACUUCAAUCAAGGGGGAAAAAAAUGGAGAUCUAUAGGGAACAUGUAUUCAGUUAUUCAGUGUGACACAGGGAUCCUUGUACUGCCCACAUCAGCAUAAUGCAGCCCAUAAAGCCUUGGGAAAUUUUGGACUGGGUAGGCCUGAUAAAUACUGCAAUGGAAAAAUCAGGCCCCAUUCACUAAGCAUGUCUUUGUUCUCUGCCAGACGGGCCUUGAUGCUCACAAAAAAAGAACUGAAUGAAAUCAAGCACGUGAACAUGGGAGAUAUGAAGACCCCAGACUUUGAUGACCUUCUUGCAGCCUUCGACAUACCUGACAUGGUAGAUCCCAAAGCAGCUAUUGAGUCCGGACACGAAGAUCACGAUGGACAUAUCAAACAAACCUCUCAAGUAGAUGAUGAUAGUCAUGUGCCAUCAUCGUCUGAUGUUGGUGUAAGCGUUAUAGUGAAAAACGUGAGGACCAUUGAUUCUGCGGAGGUGCCCGAAAAAGACAGUCAUCAUUCUGGUAAUGGUUUGCCCAAUGGUUUUCUCACCGUGUCAAAUCUUGAACGUUUUCAUAAAGAAGAACUGAAAGCCCUUAAAGACAGUACCGUCGUAUCUGACACCAUACUCAAAGAUUCCACUUUCAAUCAAUUCAGUCCUAUUUCCAGUGCGGAAGAAUUUGAUGAUGAUGAAAAAAUCGAAGUAGACGAUCCCGCUGACAGGGAAGAGUUACGCUCAAAUUUCAGUGCCAAUAUUUUGACAGGAUCAGCCUCUCAGCAGGCUUAUGCAAAGGACAAGAUGCUUAUAGGGGAGCAUUCGAUUAAAUCUGGGAGUGUCGUCUUAAGCGGAGUGGACAAACACAAAGAGAGUAAAAGAGAUUUAGAGCAUAGCUCAACCCAUUUAAAUUUAUAUGAUGGAUUUAGACUAAGAAAAAUAGACGAGAAGCUUAAGGACAGCUCCCAGAGACUACUCGAAAAUAAAGUAAUUGAUACUGAAAAAAGUGAAACCAAUGGAGUAGAGAUAUCAAAGUCGAGGUCGUCUGCAAAGCUUUCCUCUUGCAUUGCUGCAAUCGCCGCUCUAAGUGCUAAAAAGUCAGUAUGUGAUUCAAAGGAUUUAGAACUGAAUUCUGGGGAAACAUCUCCAGUGCCAAAAGAAGUUGGGGAUAGCUCCAUUACAAAUGAUAAAUCAGGAGAUUCUCAACUGACUGUGCAAAAUCUCAUUGAUGGUACAAAAAGGGGGAUCUCAAAACAACCCGAUAGCCCCAGAAGUGUUUCGAGUGAAAACAGUUGCAAAGACUCACCAUCAUCUGGUGGCUCAACUCCUGCGAUUCCCAAGGUCAGAAUUAAGACCAUUAAGACAUCAUCUGGUGAAAUUAAGAGGACGGUUACAAGAGUGUUGCCUGAUUUUGAAGCGGAAGGAGAAAAAAAUAUUUCAGACCAGACAACCUCUAUGGUAGUUUCAUCCCUUCUGUCAUCGCCUACUUCUGGUACUGUCCUUUCCUCCCCAACUAGGGCAUCCUUGCAGCCAACGGUGGCCACCACUGCUGCUUCGUCAAUAGAUGUGACUCCAAAGCAAGUUACCAUUAAACCUGUGGCCACUGCUUUCCUUCCUGUAUCUGCAGUUAAAACUGCAGGGUCACAAGUCAUAAAUUUGAAGUUUGCUAACAAUACUACAGUGAAAGCCACUGUAAUAUCUGCUGCAUCUGUCCAGAGCGCCAGCAGCGCCAUUAUUAAAGCUGCCAAUGCUAUGCAGCAGCAGACGGUAGUGGUUCCAGCAUCUAGUCUUGCCAACGCUAAACUCGUGCCAAAAACGGUGCAUUUUGCCAAUCUCAAUAUCUUGUCUCAAGGCUCUCAGACUACUUCGGAGCUUCGCCAAGUAUUAACUAAACCUCAGCAGCAAAUCAAGCAAACAAUUGUAUCAGCCGCUGGAAUUCCGGCAGCGAAAAAGGUGUCCAGAGUCCAAGUGGUGGCCUCCUCUCAGAGUUCAGUGGUGGAAGCAUUUAACAAGGUGCUGAGCAGCGUUAAUCCAGUUCCAGUAUACGUCCCCAACCUCACUCCUCCAACUAAUGCAGGAAUCACCUUGCCAGCCCGGGGAUACAAAUGUCUGGAGUGUGGGGAUGCUUUUGCCCUUGAAAAGAGUCUUUUGCAACACUACGAUCGUAGGAGUGUACGGAUAGAAGUAACGUGCAACCAUUGCACCAAAAAUUUAGUUUUUUACAAUAAAUGCAGCCUUCUUUCUCAUGCACGAGGACAUAAAGAAAAAGGAGUGGUAAUGCAAUGCUCACACUUAAUCCUGAAACCAGUUCCCACAGAUCAGAUGAUCUCUUCGCCUCAGAGCAACGUUUCCACAACGAGCCCAGCUCCCCGUCAAAGCCCUGUAGCUGUUGUGGCGCACACCAUAACAAAAGUACAGCCUGGCAUCACAGGGCCUGUGAUCUCGGCCCCUGUAAGUGCACCUGUUACUCCUGCUAUGCCUUUGGAUGAAGACCCAUCAAAGCUGUGUCGACAUAGCCUUAAGUGUCUGGAAUGCAAUGAAGUUUUCCAAGAUGAAACCUCACUUGCUACACACUAUCAGCAAGCCACAGACUCCAGUGGACAAAGGACAUGCAGUGUUUGUAUGAUGCUGCUACCGAACCCAUGCAGUUUUUCUUGCCACCAACGAAUACAUCAUCACAAAUCCCCAUACACGUGUCCUGAAUGCGGAGCAAUUUGUCGGUCUGUCCACUUUCAGACACACGUCACCAAGAACUGCUUGCACUACACACGCAGGAUAGGCUUCCGGUGUAUCCAUUGCAAUGUGGUUUAUUCCGAAAUAGCUGCAUUGAAGUGUCACAUUCAAGGAUCCCACUGCGAAGUCUUCUAUAAAUGUCCAAUCUGCCCUAUGGCUUUUAAAUCUGCCCCAAGCACACACUCCCAUGCAUACACUCAUCACCCGGGUGUGAAGAUAGGAGAACCCAAAAUUAUCUACAAGUGUUCCAUGUGUGAUACAGUGUUUACUCUUCAGCCGCUGCUUUACCGCCAUUUCGACCAACAUCUGGAACAUCAAAAGGUGUCCGUAUUCAAAUGUCCGGACUGUUCGCUCUUGUAUGCACAGAAGCAGUUAAUGAUGGACCACAUCAAGUCUAUGCAUGGGACCUUGAAGAGUGUUGAAGGCCCUCCGAAGCUUGGUAUAAAUCUACCUCUGAGUACCAAACCCACCACUCAGAAUUCGACUAGUCCCACCAAGCAAGAGCCAAAACCGGUCAACGGGGCGGAGAAGCCGGAGAGAAAAAGCGUAACUGCAGACAAAAAGACUCCAAAUCUUCCCAAGAAAACCACCAACUCAGGUUGGACCUGCUGGGAUUGCGAUCAGCUCUUCAACCAGAGAGAGGCUUAUAUAACACACAUGAGAAAGGAACACGGAAAGCAAAUGAAAAAGCACCCGUGUCGCCAGUGUGACAAAUCUUUCAGCUCCUCGCACAGUCUGUGUCGGCACAAUCGCAUCAAACACAAGGGCAUUCGCAAAGUUUACACCUGCGUGCAUUGCACGGAUACAAAGCGCGGCUUUACCAAACGGGUGAUGUUAGAGAAGCAUAUUCAGCUCAUGCACGGCAUCAAGGACCCUGAAACAAACACAACAGAGACCUCAGCCGACCAGGAGGACUCGAAGGUGCCAACCCAAAAGCGUAAGCUAGAAGAGUCAGUUCUGGAGUUCAGACCACCCAGAGGAGCCAUAACACAGCCAUUAAAAAAGUUAAAAAUUAACGUCUUCAAAGUCCACAAGUGCGCGGUGUGCGGCUUUACAACCGAAAAUCUCCUUGAGUUUCACGAGCACAUACCUCAGCACAAAUCCAACGGAUCCUCUUACCAGUGCAGAGAGUGCGGCCUCUGCUAUACCUCCCACGUUUCUCUCUCCAGGCAUCUCUUUAUCGUUCACAAAUUAAAGGAGCCUCAACUCUCCCCAAAUCAGAACGGUUCCGCUGGAGAUAAUCAACAGGAGAACAAACCCAGCGCGGGCAGCGAGGCGGCCGACAACAUCACCUGCGAAAGAACAUGCAAAGUCUGCGCAAAGACGUUCGAAACAGAAGCUGUGUUAAACACACACAUGAGAACUCAUGGCAUGGCCUUCAUCAAAUCAAAAAGAAUGAGCUCUACUGACAAGUGACGGGAGUCAGAAACCAACACAAGACUUAAGUCGGGUGGACCUUACAUAGGCCACCUGUCGCCUCGUCGGCUCGUGUUGAGCAUAUCCAAGGGUGGACAAAUCUACGGAAAAUGUAGGUGCUGGUCAAGUAUUUUUUAAGAUCCAACUUGAAGAUUUUAGGAGUUAGAAGGUGAUGCAAGUCGAAGCAAGCACACAGAAUGGGUCUCCAGCAAGAUUUUAGUAGGCAUGGCUACCUGGCUCCUGGGAUUUGUCUGGCCUUGGAUAUAUCUCAUCAACCCCAUCCAGCCUACUUAUGACAUGGCCUUCAAGUUAUCAAAAGAUCUGCUUACAAUUCUCUUGACGGUAACAAGGUGCUCAACUCUCCAGUAGACCAUAUGUCCCAUUGUCCUUACCCAGCUCACCCAUGGAAUGGGUGUAAGGACGGAACUCCACCAAGGAGCGAUACGGAUCGUGGUCCCCACACCUAGCCUCUGGACAUCAGUCUUAUGCCUGUAUUUUAAGUCGUUUGCAUUGUGGAAAAAUAAUAUCCGCACGUAAAGAUCUGAAAAGAACUUUAGAACUUGUGGCAAUACAUUGUGCGGUUCCUGUAUCUCACCUGCCUCAUUAGGAAACAUUCUCAUUAAGUAUUAAAGCAGUAUUUAACGUACAAUAAACGACAAAUGUAUAUAUUUAAUAAUUUUUAUACUCUUUGUUACUUUCUUGUAUCGAUGUGCAUCACAAUAUAAGAUUUCUGUUUCUUUUUAUAUAUAUAUAUAUAUCAAAUCUAAUCUUAUUUGAUUGUGCCGAUCUGGUUGGUACGAAUAAGCUUUUUCUUUUAAUCAUUUGUUUGGAAAGCUGCAGAAGGGAAUUGUGGUUAUAUUUAAUUGUCUAUAUCAAGUCCAGAGGUACAUUUAAUAUCCCGGUUUACAAUGUUUGGCGCCGUGACCUCAGCACUUAAAGGCACAGGGCAAUUCUCUCGUUAAUCUAGAGUAUUUUUACUAGACCAAGUAAAAUGAAGAUACCCCUUUCUUCAAUAUGCCGUUUUGGUUUUAAAGUAUUCAAACCAAGGGGAUUUUUCCCCCCCAAGAUAAAAAGAACGUAGGCGGAUUAAUAAAA